UGCCGUAUUGACUUGCGACUCUAAUGAUUGACAAAGCUCAACCAUGUAUUUUCACUUUCUUCGAGUAGACGACUGUGACCACCUGUAAGAAAUUGCAGACGUCGUAAGCAAGAUGGACUAUCGGUACGUGGACCAACAGGGGUCACAACGAACUGCCUCCCACGAAGACCAGCAGAGCGGUUUGCCGCAUCAUCAGCAACAUUUACAACAUCUGCCACAUUUCAGUCACCAGCACUCCCUGCAACCGCCGCCACAUCAACACAUGCACCAUGUAUCACAACCUGUGUUUGUUGCUGCUGCUCCGCAUAGUAGCAGGGAAGCUUACAACAGUCGGAGACAGAGUGGUCAAGAUCUGCAAUCCAUAUUAGAAGUGGCUGGUCUUGUGCCGGUACGUCCGCCUUCCCACCACCCUCAGCAUCCGCACCAGACCGACCAGCAGCGUCAGCCGUCGGACACCAGACCUAUGCAACUCCUUUCUGAUGGGGGACAACUCCCGAGGGACUACAGCAACGUUCCGCCGUCCCUCCAGCAACACCAGCAGCCUCAAGAAGACUACCAGAGGGACUUUGGAUCACACCUCCCCCAGACAUCCGCCAUCAACUUGCGUCAAGACUCCGGUCUGGUCGAUCUCUCCGACCGACCUCAACGGACCAACCAAGAAUCUCAGGAGAAUAACAACGAUAGCGAUCUUGAACCGCCUAGUAUUCUGAGAGAGAAGCAACACCCGGGGCCCCUACCGCCGGCUUCAUCACCACCUAAACUACCUCAAGGACUUGUGUACUGUUUUUCUGAGAAUGAUAAGAAGAAGGUGAUAGGAGUGAAGGCCGAGAAGACGGUUGAGAAUAGAACAGAGUUUGGUGUAUUCCUUGGAGCUCUGGUGGAUGAAGCAUCUGGAUGUGUUGAGGAAUCAUCUUGGGAAUUGUGCCUCCUUGGCAAGAUUCUCUAUUACGUGGAUGGCAAGUAUAAACGUAAUGAGAACUGGAUGUUACAUGUACAAUGCGCUAGGAACGCAAAGGAACAGAACAUAGAGGCCGUACAACGCUACGGGUAUAUUCAUUUUCAAUCGACCAAGAUGAUCGAACCUGGGUCUGAAUUACGAGUCUACUACAGCGACGACUACGCCAAACACGCAGGCUUCAAGAUCAAAUUAAAUGACCUCACCUAUAAGGAAGAGACGGAUAACUUCCAAUGCAAGGAAUGUCAGUGUUUCUACAAAUCUGCUAAGCGCAUGAUGCGACACAUCAAACUGGCUCAUGACUCUGAGCAUACGGGUGAAAUACGACCUUUGUUUACUUGGGAAGUCAAGAAGAAGCUCACCGAAAUCAGACAACCAUCCUCGACUCAUCCGGUCAGAAACGCCGACAACCGUUUUAUAUGCGUGACGUGCGGCAAAGACUUUCCAACCAGAGGACGGCUGGCGGCCCACGAGACUUUCCAUGAUUUCGCUGGUGGGAUGUACGUCUGCGACCACUGCGGGGAAGCGUGCGAGAAUGCCGAGAUACUGACAAAGCAUAUUUUAAAGCAUCAAGGCCGACCAUUUAGAUGUGAGAUAUGUAGUAAGAUAUUCACCUCAAAGACCAGCCUACAUCAGCAUGAACGUGAGGUACACGGCUGGCGAUGCACCAAGUUCUCGUGUCAGACUUGUAAACAGGAAUAUGAGGAUUUAGCAGAAUUCAAGAAACACCAGUGUAACGAUUCUGGCAAAACAGUACAGAAAGAAGAUGGAAUAAAAAAUGAUAAAUCAACAGCUUCCGCGAAAGCAACAGAUGAAGGUGGAAAGGGUAAGGUUUCCGACAAGCAAGCGGAAGUCUCGUCGGCGUUUCCCGUUGAUAUGCUCGGAAAGCGGUUCUCGUACUUUGACCGCCCGCGGCCGUACAAGUGCCGUCACUGCGGCAUGAAGUUCCGACAGUACAACCAGCGGAAAUACCACGAGCAGGAAGCGCAUGAAGGUAAGGGUACAUACCAGUGUCCACAGUGCUCACAGAGAUUUGCUACCAGAUGUAACCUUGAUACCCAUCUUAAGAAACAUAAUCCCAUCAGACCGUUCCAGUGCCAGCUUUGCGACCGAUCCUUCGCGUCCGCGAAUGCUCUAUCCAACCAUCAAGGGGAACAUACGGGGGCAAAACCUUACAAGUGUACCGUGUGCGAUCGAGGAUUCAGAACGCAGAAACUCAUGGGAAAGCAUCGGACACGUAUGCACGGCAAACGCGAAAAGCGCUUCGCCUGCUCCUUCUGCGACAAGCGCUUCAUGGAGCGAUCGAGCUGGCGGAACCACGAGAGGCGUCAUAAAGGUAUCCGACCCCACGUGUGUUUGGUGUGCGGGAAGGGAUUCUCCAGCAAGGACUCUAUGGUGGUGCAUCAACGUAUUCAUACGGGAGAAAUGCCAUUUCAAUGCGAUAAAUGUGGAAAAUCAUUUAGGAACAACCACAAUCUUACAGCUCAUCUUCUACAUCACACUGCAGAAGGUCACCCAGAUAACAUCUAGGAAUGUACUACACUGAAGGCUGAAAAACAAGGUCUUCACUACAAACAGUGGCUGGACAUGGUGGCUCAGUGGUAGAUUGUCUGCCUCCUGACAUCAUGGGUUCAAUCCCCAGCCGAGUCAUACAAAAACUAAGACAUAAAUGGGACCUUCUUGUCAGGUGCUUGACGUAUUUGAAACACUACGGCCCGAAUUCACAAAGGUGGUUUUGAAAAUCCACAGCUGAAUCUAUGGUGUAGGCAGAUUUCCUGUAUAAAAAAUUCCAAUGCUGGUGCGCCCUUUUGUCACAGUGCGCCAACUUGACGCCUGUUACCAUGGUUAGAUACGCUAUUUUAUUCAUGAGUCCACUGUUUGAAGAGUGGACUCAUUAAUUCAAACAGUGGACUCAUGAAUAACAUAGCUUGGAUAACCACGGUAACAGGCGUCAAUUUGGCACACUGGGACAAUUGCGGGCAUCAACAUUGGACAUUUUUAAUAUACGUGGUAAUUUAAGUGUAAUUUUUACAGGAAAUCUGCAUAAACCAUGGACUCAACCGUGAGUUUUCAAAACCACCUUUGUGAAUUUGGGCCAAUGUAUUAUAAUAAUGUUAUAACACAUUCAUAAAAGCUGAAGUGGCUACCUUGAGUAAAUAAGAAUUAUUAUUAUUUGGGAUUAUGUCUACAAAUGAAUUGCACUAAAGGUUGAAAAACAGAAGGUCUUAAUACAAGAACAUUGAUUUUAUCUAGGAAUGUUGUACUGGAGGUUGAAAAACAGAAGGUCUUUCUGACAAAACAGUGAUUUUUAUCUGGAAAUGUAUUCUGCUGUCUGAUGACGAAAGGAAGUAUCUCUGUAUGGAAUGAGUUUCAAAGUAAAUGAGGAAAAUGUGUCAUUCUCUUACAUGGAAAUAUAUAGAGUUAAUACUUGCUUUUGAAACAUUUACACUAUACGUUUCAAAAUUUGGGGGCUGUGUGACUCCAAUUCCUAUGUAAUCAUUUAGAUUAUACAGAAUUCACCCCAAAUCAAGAAAAAAGUCAAUUUUGAAGAAAAAUAUCAAUUUAAUUCCUUUUGUCGUCCUUUUGCAGUAUUGUGCUUAAGAUUGAAAAACAGAGAUUAUGAGAAAAGGGGUGUUUUAUACUUUUCUACCCAACAAGGAUUGAGUUGAGGUCGGCCUUGAGGCCAUAUUUUGCCGGCCUUGGUAAUGGCUCUCAGAGCAGAUUUUAUCCAGUGGCCUGGUGACUUGACUUUAAACUCUCGUCUUCAACUCUAUCCCUGUCCAUCAAGCCAAAAUAUUGUGAUUAGCUUUAUAGGCAAUAUGAAGUUGAAUUGAGUUUAGGCCUCAGUUUUCAGAAUCACUAGGUGGUACCAUUUCUUAACCAAUAUCUCUAAAAUGCCCCCAAAUGUGAAUUACUCCCUUGUGUUUCUCACACCUUUCAACAUCUGAGAGUUUGUCACUUCAAUCAUUGCCACAGAUUGUCCUGUAUGUUUUGUGGUAGAAAAUGCAGUAAACAGUUUGAUAUUGGACAAGAUCAAAACCUGUCCUGUUGGUGCAAGAACGCCCUUAGCAAAACAUUUUUGUGCACCCUAUCAGUACAGAAAUGCCCUUAUGCGUGCUGCCAAGGGAGUUUUGUACCCAUGGGAUGGGCAAAAGCGUGGUUUAUAGACGUUCUUGCACCGACAUGACAAAUGCAUCUUUUAUUCUGUAGAGGGUCAAAAUGUGAGGUAUGUCUUUCUAUUUGUCAAACCUUUGUGACAUCUGGCAGGUUGUCUCUAUAAUCCUUGCCGCUGUCCUGUGUGUGUGUUCUGGGCUCUGUAACACAAAGGUUUGCAAUCGCUAAAUACCAAUGACCUAUCAAGAUCAUCGUUGCAUGCGCACUCUGUUUAAAAUACUGACCUGGGGGUCGUUUUCAUAAAGCUGUUCGUAUUAAAGAUAAGAGCGACUUUAAGAACCACUGGUGAACCUUUCUUAUGCGCUAAACCCUUGCCAAUGAAUAUUCCAUUUACCACAAGAAAGAAUCACCAGUCGUUCUUAAAGUCGCUCUUAACUUACGAACAGCUUUAUGAAACACCCACCUGGGUCCCGUAACACAAAAGUUAGCGAUUGAUCGUACGCUUGAUCUUCACGAUUGAUUGUACAUUGUAGUCAAUGGAAUCAAUCGUAGAAAGAUGUUACGGGCCCCUGGUGAGUGUUUCAUAAAGCUGUUUGUAAGAUACGAAUGACUUUGUGAUCCUUCGUUGUGCUAUGUCGUAUCCCUACAUGUACGUAAUUGAGUUAUGACCUGAAAACAUGUUCCAGUCGUUUGAACUUUACGAACAGCUUUAUGAAACACCCACCGGGAACCAAUCAGUGUGGUUCUUUCAUGUUUGCAAUUCAUCGCUAACCUUUUGCUUUAUACCCCCGUCACACUUAUUCGGAAUCAGCGGGAAUCGAUCAGAAGCAGCCGGAAUGAAGAACUUUCAAAAUUCGUGCCACAUACGGGAGGGAAUUUGAAAUUUUCACUACUUUUGCAAAAAUGUCGUUCGAAUACUUAAAACGUCCUUUGAUCCCGCCUCGAAUGAUUCUUGCACAUUCCGGGUGUAUUGACUGUCGAAUGCAGCUCGAAUACAGUCAGAACACAGGAAGAAUAUUAAGAAUGCUGUUAGAAUGCAGCAAGAAUAUUUAGAAUGCAGUCAGAGAGCAGUCAGAAUGCACUUCGAAUGUCGUUCGAUAUUUCUCCACUUUGAAUGCACUUCGAAAGUUUUGAACAUUUUCAUUCUGACGGCAUUCCGGCUCAUUCCGCCUCUAGUGUGACGGGGGUUUUACGGAACCCGGGUGUGUGUCAUGAUAGGGGAAAAUGCAGUAAACUACUUUAUAUUGGUCACAACUCUCUAUUAUUUUGUAGAGGGUCAUUUUAAGUACAUGAAUUCAUGAGGAAGGAACAAUGUGUGUAUAGAUUACAAACAACUUCAAUCCAACAUCUCAUUUGUUAACAUUAGCAGCAAAGGUUUGGUGUUUCCAUGAUGAAACCUACAUGUACUCAUGUGUAUGUAAGGAAUAUGGUUGAGAAUCCUUUCAUUAUUUGUAGACCCCCCCCCCUUUUUUUUGCAUUUCUCUGAAAUAACUAAGUAUUCAUUUAAUCAACUCUGUAUUAUUUAUGCAAUGCAAUAAUGUAAUAAACCUUUUGUAUGUCUGA